AUGAAUACUGACGUUAAAGACAAUUCUAUUUCUACAGCCGCAAUGGUCGCAGGGGCACGAUCCGCUGCAAUGAUUGAUGAAGAUAUCGCGUGUGCGAUGCCCGAACUCUGUACAUCGAUCUCGUCAACUGAGCCUGGAAAGUUCCUUCAAGUUCUCAAGGGUAAAUUUGACAAUUUUAUGAGUGAACGACGUGCGCCAAAGCCUGACGAAAACAAGAAAGAUCAGACCAGUGAUUGA